GGAGAUAAUUACGAACAGUUCCAAGCUGGUCCAGUCCAAGAUGCUAUCCAAAGAGAAAAUUGACCACUUGAUUCUAAAUUACUUCAUCCAAGAAGGCUAUCAAGAGGCUGCUAUCUCCUUUGCCAAGGAGAUCGAGGUGGAUUUGUUCCAGGAAUCGCCCGUGAUUAAUCGGUUGAACCUGGUGGGUUUCGACAAAAUCGGCAGUCUGGAUGAGGAUUUCUCAUCGAUGGUGGAAGACUACUUUGAUGGCGAUUUGCUGGGUACUAAUCGCAAAAGCAAUGUCCAUGAAAACUCGAAGUUGGUCGCGGGCUAUCCCACCAUCAAGGAAAGGAAAGAGAUCAAGUUACUCAUUUUGAAGGGGGAGAUAACAGAAGCAAUCAAAAAGAUCAGUGACAACUUUCCCACCAUCUUGGACUCAAACAAUUUGCUUCACUUCAAAUUGUUGAGAUUGAACCUAAUCGAAAUGAUUAGGAAUCACAAGCUCCAUAACGUAAGCGGUUUGGAUGAGGAACGUAAGUUCCUUGAUGAAAUUCUUACUUUUGUUAGGGAAAACUUGAUAAAUAAAGUAUCUAAUUCGUUCAAGUUGUUGAAAGAACUAGAGAUCACGAUGAGUUUAUUAUGUUUCAAUUUCGAUCCCACAAUCAAGAACAUCGAAGAGCAAAAAGAUCUCCCAGAGCAAUUGAGAAGCUUGUUUAGUCUCUCCUUGAGAAACCAAUGUUACCGAUUGGUAAACAAGGAAAUUCUCCAUCUUUAUGAAAGAGAUACUGGAACCGAUAACGAUCAAUUGUAUAGAGGUCCAAAAUUCAUUGAGUUUGAUCUCAAUAAAUUCGCUGACGGUGAUAAUUUGACGGAUAAUGACGAUACUGAAAUGAAAGAAGAAGUUGAUUACGAGUAUAACAAGUCCAACGAUAAGAGCAUAAACCAAUUAAUUUCUACAAGUAAUGAUUCCGAGGAGAAUUCCACAAAGGAUGAAUCACUAGAAGAAGAACUAAACAAGUUACAAAGCUUGUCUUUGGAGUCUAAAUUGGAAAGGGUAAUAAAGUUAUGGACCAUUACCGAACAAAGAUUGGUAGACUUGAAUCUGAUUAAAGAAAAACGAUACUUGAUGAACAAAAAUUCUUUAUAGGUUUAUGUAACAAUAAUGCAAUCAAUCACAUUGCCGGUUUCAAUGUGACACUUCACUAAAUAUUGAGCAUUCUCUUUGGUAGACACUUCA